GGGGCUCCUUAAAGAAACGCUGCUGUCGCUCGCCUGCUCGGUCCUCGCUCGGCAUUGUGGCCAGCCAGCCGGGCACUCGGGGGGUACGCGCGGCCGCCGCUCGAGCUUUGCCCCCACCCCACCCGCCGGCAGAUCUGGGGUGGGGACCCAGGCGGGGGCUCCUGCAGCCACUGCCCGGCGCGGACCGCACCGAGCGCCCCACUCCUCCCGGCGCCGAGAAAGGAGCAACGGAGCCCUCUGCAGCCGGCCGGCCUCCCCGCCCCUGACCACUCGCUUCCCGGCUGCCUUUGUGGCCGCAGCUUCUCGCCGCCGAGCCGAGGGCCGGCGGGGGCGCGGCGCGCACGGCCGAGCGAUGCCCAGCUCCCUGUUUGCAGAGCUGGAGCGCAACGGCAGCGGCGGCGGAGGGGGAGGCGGCGGCGGCGGUGGCGGCGGCGGCGGCGGCGGCGGCGGCGGCGGGGGAGAGACCCUGGAUGACCAAAGAGCCCUGCAGCUAGCGCUCGAUCAGCUCUCCCUGCUGGGGCUGGACAGUGACGAGGGCGCCUCUCUGUACGACAGUGAGCCGCGCAAGAAGAGCGUGAACAUGACCGAGUGCGUGCCGGUGCCCAGUUCCGAGCACGUCGCCGAGAUCGUGGGGCGGCAAGGUUGUAAAAUCAAAGCGCUGCGGGCGAAGACCAAUACUUACAUCAAGACCCCGGUUCGCGGGGAGGAGCCUGUCUUUGUUGUGACGGGCAGGAAGGAGGAUGUGGCCAUGGCUCGGAGGGAGAUCAUCUCUGCCGCGGAGCACUUCUCCAUGAUCCGCGCCUCGCGGAAUAAGAACACGGCGCUCAACGGCGCCGUGCCCGGGCCGCCCAACCUGCCUGGACAGACCACCAUCCAGGUGCGGGUGCCCUAUCGCGUGGUGGGGCUCGUGGUGGGGCCCAAGGGCGCCACGAUCAAGCGCAUCCAGCAGCAGACGCACACGUACAUCGUGACGCCCAGCCGAGACAAGGAGCCGGUGUUCGAGGUGACCGGCAUGCCUGAGAACGUGGACCGAGCUCGCGAGGAGAUCGAGGCGCACAUCGCCCUGCGCACGGGCGGUAUCAUUGAGCUCACGGAUGAGAACGACUUCCACGCCAACGGCACGGAUGUGGGCUUUGAUCUGCAUCACGGGUCCGGCGGGUCCGGCCCGGGCAGCCUCUGGAGCAAGCCCACCCCCAGCAUCACGCCCACCCCCGGCCGCAAGCCCUUCUCUAGCUACCGCAACGACAGCUCCAGCUCGCUCGGCAGCGCCUCCACAGACUCUUACUUCGGCGGGGGGACCGGCGGCAGCACAGCCGCCACCCCGCGCCUAGCGGACUACAGCCCCCCCAGCCCCGCGCUCAGCUUCGCCCACAACGGGAACAACAACAACGGCAAUGGAUACACCUACGCGGCGGGGGAGGCUUCCGUGCCUUCCCCCGACGGCUGUCCCGAGCUACCGCCCACCUUCGACCCGGCCCCCGCCCCCCCGCCUGGGGCGCCCCUGCUCUGGGCUCAGUUCGAGCGGUCUCCGGGGGGCGGACCUGCGGCGCCCGUCUCCUCUUCCUGCUCUUCCUCCGCGUCUUCUUCCGCUUCGUCCUCCUCGGUGGUCUUUCCCGGGGGCGGCGCCAGCGCGCCCUCCAAUGCCAACCUCGGGCUGCUGGUGCACCGCCGGCUGCACCCGGGCACCAGCUGCCCGCGCCUGUCCCCGCCCUUGCACAUGGCGCCGGGGACGGGCGAGCACCACCUGGCGCGCCGGGUGCGCAGCGACCCGGGCGGAGGGGGCCUGACCUACGCCGCCUAUGCCAACGGGCUGGGGGCGCAGCUGCCGGGCCUGCAGCCGUCGGACACCUCCGGCUCGUCGUCGUCGUCCAGCUCCUCCUCCAGCUCCUCCUCCUCGUCGUCGGGGCUGCGGCGGAAGGGCAGCCGCGACUGCUCCGUGUGCUUCGAGAGCGAGGUGAUCGCCGCGCUCGUGCCCUGCGGCCACAACCUCUUCUGCAUGGAGUGCGCCAACCGCAUCUGCGAGAAGAGCGAGCCCGAGUGCCCGGUCUGCCACACCGCGGUCACUCAGGCCAUCCGCAUCUUCUCCUGAAGGCGGCGCGCGCCUGCGCGCACCCCGCGGGGAGGGGGG